UGCGUCGCACACGUGUCCGACGGCGUGCGUGCGAGCCAGUGCGUGUUUGUGUCCGUUUCUGUGUGUGUGCGAAUGCGCGUGCCUGCGUUGGCGUGCUACAAGUGGCCGGCGCCCGUCUUGUGCGCCGAAGCGCGACGCUCUCACGGGGCGAACUUCUUCGACCGAUCGAUCAUUUCUCGAUGUGUACUGUGUUCCUUGUCAUGGCGCAGCUGUCAGUGCGAGAAGGGCGGCUCCAUAUCGGGCAAGAACUAAAUGGAGGUUCGUGGUGGUGUACAACUGUCAGAAAUGUGUGAACUACAAACACGUUGGUGAACAAAACACUCGGAUCCCACACAGUGCAGUUGCGACAGGUGACAACUUCUGAAGUUCUGUUCGCUAUGUAAGCGAGGCCAGUGGUUAUCCCAAAAACGACCGUCUCUUAACUACAUCGACACUGGACGUUGUCGACGGCAGGUGGUUGUGCUGCAGUGGAAGUGGUUUGGCAGUGUUGCGAGACUCGUCGACACCAUGAUCGACUGGGUAUCGAUAGUGCGGCACUCGCGCCGGCGCUUCUCCAACUACAUGUACGCCGUGCCCAGCAAGGUGCGGAAGAGGCGCCGGAUGCGGAGAUCCGGACCACAGGAAGGUUCUCCGGGUGCCUCCGCCUUCUCCUGCGGCUGCUGCUGGCCACAGAAAAAGACGCGUUACGGAGCGGAGGACCAGCUGCCGCCCCCGCCGUCGCCCCCGCAGCUCAAGGAGCUGUCCUCUCUGGACGGCGUGCCGCGGCCCACCCCCACCGACCGCCUCCACAGCGGAGACGGCGUCGUUCUUCGUGACGCCGCCCUGCACCAGAUCUGGGGCUAG